GAAGUAGAGUUCAUAUGGCGAGAUCUCGAAGUCUUGGGCGAAGUAACCAAUGCCCUUGAAAAGAGGAAGACUCGAAUCGAAGACACAGGUGUUAUGAUGAAAAAGAGGAGAACAGAUCCGGUUAGCGUCAAGAUCUGUGAAGAUUUAAUAAAACCAUUCGAUGUAGUUCCAAGAGGCGUAAAAGACCUUCUAUCCAUAAUAAAUACGCUACUUGCCUGUAAGUUGCCUGUGUCUGUCGACAUCAGUUCGAAAGCCCUUCAUAUGUUUGUAAAUAUGAGUGAGGCAGAUCGCGAAUGCCAACUGGCCACUCAUGUGACUUAUAUAUUGAGUGAAACAAUAACCUGGAGGUGUACUACAGUCAAUAAAUCUGAGGAUAUGUUACAUAUACCUAUAGAUUUGUUGAUUGGAAAUACCCUUGAAAUGUUUCGAGAAUGUUUAGGUAUUCUGUUCAAUAUUAACAGGAAUCAAUCUGACAUAGAGUUGACCACAAAAGAUUACUAUCACCCAGACUUCAUUUGUAAAUUGAAGAGAGCGGUGGUCCUGAAAGGGGAGGAAAAAGCUAGUGUGGAGGACCUAAACCUUGCCCUUGUGAUUUGGUCAAUAAAUUUCACCGAAUAG